AUUUAAUUCUUUAUUUAGUUUUAUCCUUAAUAUUUGGGUGUCGUAAAUGAGUGCAGACACUAAACUCAUUCUUAAUCUGGUGAACAGAAUAGCUGUCAGACUACCUCAUAGCAAUGGUACUCAAGUGGACACCUUGGAAAGUGAUCCUUUGGUUCAGCAAACGUAAGGAGAUUCAAGUAUCGCGAUGCGAAUUGAAAGAAUACUAAUCAGCUUUCGAAAUUAUGAUUCUAAAAAAACCUUCAAUGACGUUAGAGGUACUCCAAACUAAUUUGUUUACAGUGGCAGCAUUGAUCGAGCUCUCACAGUAUAGAUUGCCUACGAUUGCCACAACAAUUGUAGCUCUCAUUGAGAAUGUGUCUAAGACACCAAUUUCUCGUAACGAGGAUUAUGUUUCUUUAGAUACACUUCAGUCACAGCUAUUUCUGCUUCGAAUGCUAUCAGCCUGUAUGCAACAUCAUUGGAAACACUGUCAAAAUUUGGAUAAUAAUCUGAGGCAACCGGGUACCACACCCUCGGUCCGACCAACUUUAAACAGAGCUAAUGCAACAGCUAGUGGAACCUGGGUAACAUCGGGAGGAAUUCCUUGCGCUACCAUUGAUCCACCGCCACUGGAUGAUACUUUAGCAAAACACAUCAUUUUUGUCAUGUCAAGAUUCAUAUACCAAAUCGGUUAUGUUGAAGAACAUGACCAUGGCUUGGUAGCAAACCAUGCAGCUAGCGCUAUCUCCACAGAAACAUUGGCUGGCACCAAUGGCCCCGCAAGCCUAAUGACAGAUAUUUAUAAAUCCGCUAGUCGUGUCAUUGCAUAUGUGAGCGCAAGUAAUUGGGCAAUCACUUUUUCAAAAGUUAAGAAUAGAAUAAUGUACUUGACAACGACAGCAGAAGAAGUCCCGGAAAUCGCUGAUGUGGUGCUCCUGGAAUGCGCUUCAUUAAAUAGUAGAAGACUAGGCAUGGUCCUUACAGAAUUACGAAGCUCUAUUUUGCAUUUAAAGAAAUCGGCUCAAUUAUUCAUCGCUGUAAUGUUAAGACGAGCUAUCUGGAAUUGGAUUGAGAACUACACGGCAGAAUUUUCUCUUUUAUGUCAGAGACGAACCCGUAUAGAAGGUUCGCCAGAGAUCUUGUUUGACAUGUUUGAUAAUCUCGCUGAUACGACAAAAAGAAAAGCGAUAUUCUGGCCAGUACAAACUAUGUUACUCGUCCUUUGUCCCGAUAUUAUGCUCUCUACAUCUUUGGGCAGCAAUCGUGCUACAAAUAAAAAGACUGCAUUUUUUAGCUCCUUGAGAAAAGCAAUGAAAGGUGAUCGUAUGGGAGAGCUGGCCGCUGUGUGUUAUGUUGAUAUUUGUAGAGCAGCGAGCUAUAUUCAAAAAGACGAUUUUACAUCUAUUCGACAAGUGGUACCUGAUGUAGAGAAUGAACUUAUUGACAAACUAUUUGAUGUAAAUCAUUCAUCUGAUUUGGACACACUUUCACAUACUCUUGGUGUGUUUAUUGAUCAUAGAUGCUUAAUGGCAGACUGUAUCGUUGCUAUGUUUCGACUGGACGCUGAAAAGACUGUCCGCUCAUUGAUUCCCACCUGCUUCGAUCGGGCAGCCCCAACAUUAUUUAAAAUGAGCGUAGUAAAGGCAGCAUUAGCUAUUGCAAUGGAAGAAAAACGAUUACCUUGGAUCCAGCCAGUUUCAGCGCUAUACGUACACCUUUGUACUAGGAUAAGAAUGCUAUUUCUAGAUUUCUUUAAUAGGGAUAUCAGAGAAAAGCCAGACCAUGCAAGUACCCAUUCAUCAAGCUCAUCUCGGAAAGCAUUUCAAUUAGACAGACGCUCAACAAAUAAGAAGACACCAGUCAACGAGCGAUUUGAAUUGAUAUUGGAUGUAUUAAGGUUAUACCAAGCAGACCCGAAAUUUGCUGUUUUGGGUGUUGCAGAGGAUAGGUUCGAGCAAACUUUAGCAGUAAUGACAGCCAUCACGAAUUGUCUUAGAGAUUCAAGUUCUUGUGUCAAAGAUGCGGCGGCAGAGUGUCUAUAUAAACUUCAUACACCUGAAUAUAUAGUAUUAUGGGGACACACCGAUAAAAUUAUGGAAUCUUUUUGGAAGAUUUCAUCACAAGUCCUUUUUACUUUGGCAAAGCAGCUAUUAGAUAGCCGAGAAAAAGAUCAAUCGCUACGAAAAUUGUUGGAUCUAUUAAAGAGAUUACUCUCGUCCAGGAACCAAUUUUUGGAGCAACAUCGAGAAGUUGCAACAUACGGCAUUGAUACUAGAGAAAGAUUACAAUGCUCUAUUGGAUUGGAAGUAGCUCUCCUGGUAUCUUUAUGCUCCGCAGAUAUUAAUAUCUGUACGCUUUCGAUCGAUUGCUUUAGGUUGCUCUGUACUGAAGUCCAUUUGACAGAGAGAUUAGACGACCCACAAGCUUCAUCGACUACAAUUUUAGAAAACAUGGUGUGCUACAUCGAAUUGACUAACCACCGCGGUGUAGUGACAGGUCGUAAAUCACAGCAACGUCGAAUUCGUCGUCUUUUAAGGACAAUAAAUCACAGCUCACCAGGAAUGCUAGCAGCUUGGGAGGAAGCUUGGAAGCGAUGGAAGUUUAUGACACCAUUGAUUACUCGCAAUUCCGAAGAUAGUAAAGAUGAUUGGUCUAUUGAUUUCAGUCGCAAGGGAGCAGGAAAUACAUGGCACGAUAAACUUCGUAGUGGAUCUUCAAGACAUUUAGUUACACCAAGCUCUUCAUCUACUCGUGUGGAUUCACUUGAUGAAGAAAGAUGCUCUGAAUGGCAAAAUUACGCUGGGUUUCUUGCCGCUUUAGGAGGCGUGUGUUUAAUGACGGAUAGUCCAGCGUUUGACAAGCCGCGUUUGAAUGAAAACAACAGCAAAAAACAUAUUUCAGCACCUAUUGAAUCGGCAGAGAUGGUAGAUACGUUUAUAGUAGAUAUGGUUGAUUUAAUGGCUUGUGAUAAUAUGAUUGUAAGAGAAUGGGUUAGGGAGAUUUUAGGCAAUGAUCUCUCUCCUGCUUUAUAUCAUAUAUUGUUCCGGCAUCUUGAAUUGACAGUUUCCAGAUGUUUUGGUCCCGACAACAACGAUCCGAUAUGUGGUCCUCGUUAUACAUUGUUUGUGGAACAAGCUAUUUCCGUUCUUAAACAAGUGCUAGAUAGACUGGACAAAGCAGAAAACCUAUUCACAGUUGACUUUAGCACAUUAAUCAAUCAGUAUGCUCUUUAUUUAAAUAAACUUGGUACAGAUCAAGUCUCAAUAAAGGUGAAAAUAAAAAUGUGUCAGCUGGUGGAAGUCUUGAUGAAUAAGAAAGACAGUAUCACAUUAAGGCAAGAAUUCAAGCUUAGAAACAGACUUUUGGAGAUAAUCGUGGAGUGGACAAGUGAUUUUGCUUUGGUACCAGAUAACGCAAGUCAGUCAUCUGGUUUUGAGGCCGCUCAAUUAGAAAAACUUCAAACCGAUUUGGACUUGGCAUGCUUGAAAACGAUUGUGGCAUUGCUUCAUCAGUUACCGUUACAACCAUUAGAACCUGUUCAUGAGUCCGACGCCCUUUUGGUUAAAAGUAGAAUAUUUUACAAGUACUUCACAUACUUUUUCAAAUUACUUAAUAGAUGUCGUAUAUCAGAGAGCGAUUCAAAAUCACAAAUUCGUGGAUAUGAUUCACACUUCAGACAUGGAUCAGAGCUGGCCCCUUUGAAAAACUACACUAUUUUAGCUCUAUCUAAUUUGCUUAGCGCAAACGUAGAUGCCGGUCUAAAGUACUCCUUCUCCAUGGGAUACCAUGAUGAUACUCCUACUAGGUCUGCAUUUAUGGAAGUCUUGACAAAUAUAUUGAAUCAAGGAACAGAAUUUGAGACUUUAGCGGAAACCGGAAUGACGGACAGAUAUGUUAAACUAAUUGAUAUGCUGGUACAAUCCGAUUCGAAGUUAGCUUUAACAUUUUGUGAAAUGUGUCCUUCCACUGCUAUUGAUGAUGUCUCCAAUGUGCUAUUAGCCUGCUUUGCAUCGCGGCAUAAAUCAAUGGUUUUACUUAAAGCUGUUAUAGAAAAAGAAGUCGAAAACACAGACAAUGAAACUGAUUUAUUCAGAAAAACUAGUAUAGCCACUCGAUUACUUUCGGUUUAUGCCAAAAACAACGGCGCUGAGUAUGUUCGAUCUGUGCUACUACCAGUAUUUCAAAAACUUUCAGAACGUCCGCGUGAAGACCGGUGUUUCGAACUUGAUCCUUCAAAGAUUGGGCCAGACGAAGAUGUCAACAAAAACCGAAAAAACGUUGUUGAGGCAACAGAGAUGUUUUUAAAUGCAAUUUGCGAUUCACUGAACGAUACACCCAUAUCGUUCCGCAAAAUAUGUAACUUUAUAUUGACUGCUGUACGAGAGAAAUUUCCGGAAGCAAAAUAUACAGCUGUAGGGUCAUUCAUAUUUUUGCGCUUUUUUUGCCCUGCUAUUGUAUCCCCUGAAACAGAAGGUUUAGUGAAGAAUACGGCAUCGAUCUCUCGUGAAAUGCGUCGGGGAUUCCUCAUUGCUACCAAGGUGAUCCAAAAUCUUGCAAACAAUGUCCUGUUUGGUGCAAAAGAAACCUAUAUGAUUGUUUUAAACGAUUUUCUUACAAGUAACAUUUAUAAAGUAGCAAGCUUUUUGCGUGAAGUUUCUAAGGUGCCGGAAGAUUCGGAGUCAGAGGAAAUCAACGAAGUAUAUGAGAUAAAUGACAAGUUUUAUGCAACGUUACAUCGAGUGCUAUGUGAAAAUAUGGAACGUAUUUCUCGUGAUGUAUCUUCAAGACAUUUACGCCGAUUCAGUGACCCAAAUGACAUGACACAAUGGAAACGUAAUUUUGAUAAAUUUGCAAAUAUUUUAGCACAACUUGGAAGACCACCAGAACUGCCGCCCAAAGAAUCUGUGCCAUCAAGAAAAUAUGUGCAUGCUGCUUCGAAUCAAUUGUACGCUGAUUUCAUGCGUCGUAAUAGCGAUCGCAGUGUUGAAUCAAUUAUCUCUAAAAAUAUUUUCUAUGAAGGAGGUGUUUCCAAAUCAAAUCACGCUGUGUUUUACUUAAUUAUGCGGCAUAUCAAUGCCGACAGUAUUGAUUUCGAAUUAUUAAUCUACCAUAUCCUUCAUACUUUGGAACGAACAGGAGGACGUUCUUUCGAAAUCUUGAUUGAUAUCACAUGGUUUUCGAAAGCCAGUGAAGUGCCGGCACAAUGGGUACAUCAAUUAAUGCAGCUUUUCAGUGACGAGAAAUCCGACAAAAUUACUGCUUAUUACAUCUAUAAUCCAAAUUCAUGUCUCAAAUCGUUUAUUAAGAAGUUGGCAAUACCCCUUUCAAGCAAAUUCACAAAACGUAUAACAUUUGCUGCCACAUUAGCAGAAAUAUAUGAACAUAUUCUGCCAUCUGAAGUAAGGCUCCCUAAAAGCACGAUUGGAUUAGAGACAGAACCUAGUGCAGUUUUCUUCCCAGUAAACAGAGUUUUGAAGUAUGCAACGCAGACCCCUGUUACAAUCAAGGUCAGCGCGGAGCAUAUUCAAGUAAUGACAGUCAGGAAGCAGGAAAUAGUAUAUGGUCUCAAUGCAGUUACAAAUGACACAUAUCAUAUUUCUGAAAUCGAGGACAUUUCUGUUGCACAGCACGAAAAGGGACAGGAUCAGUCAUACGUAUUUAGUUUUAAAAAUAUUCGAGACAAUACAAUCAUAUCCUUCAAUUCGCCAAAAAGAGAUGCCAUUGUUCAUACUAUUCGCCACAGUAAACGCCGUUAUGACAUGUCUCGACCUACUAAUAUUACAGAGAGGACUAUUAGACCAAGUGAUGUUCCCGGAAGAUUACUGAAUAUGGCAUUACUCAAUUUAGGCAGUGAUGAUCCAAAUCUCCGCCUAGCAUCAUACAAUCUACUUUAUGCUCUUAGUAGGGAGUUCAAUUUUGACGUCGGGAAACAACUUUUAGGGGCUAAGGAUUUAUGUCUUCCUGCAAAUAGUACAGAAUUCAUCGUUAGUAUUAGCGAAAAAAUUGCAAUUACAGAACCUUCGCUUACAAUUGAGUUUCUAAAUGAAUGUAUCAUGGGAUACGGAAAAUCAGAACAAGGUCUUAGAUAUCUGUGUUUAUUAUACAUGAUACCAUGGCUUCCGAAUCUCGCUCUGUAUUACGGUAGGUCUGCCGAAGAUCAGAUUAGACUCAAAGAUCUGUUACGUUCAUUGAUUGACCUGACGCUACCUGGAGAUAUGUGCAAACUUAUUCAAGCUAAAAUUUGGAAGAAAAUUGCUGAAGUAGAUGAUAUUCUUAAUCUAGUUUUAGAAACGUUUAUCCAAUUUGCAAACGAACACGGCGUUGGAUCAGCCCAUGCGGAAUCGAUGGCAGAUACUCUGGUCACACUUUCUAACGUUGCUGUUCGGGCAAAACUCAUUUCACAUUUGAGGAAAGUUAUUCACCGAACAUCUUUUAAGCCUACAAGAUCUCUUACUGAACACGCGUCUUGGCCAGAGAUUGGGAUUCUUCUGCGGUUUAUCCUAAUGCUUUCUUUCAAUAACCGAGGUCCCGUCAAACGAUUAAUACCCGAGAUUUUUCAUGUCAUCACUUUGGUAGCAGGUGUCGGGUCCACAGUUGUUCGCGCUUCUGUACACGGUAUUGUUGUCAAUAUGAUUCAAUCUCUCUGUACAUCGAUGCCCUUACCGUCUGCCAAUGUUCAGAAACUUCAGCUCUUAUUGACUGAAUUGUCUGAAUCUAAAUGCCGUUUAUUGUUCGGUUUAAAUAGAUCAAAUGCCAAUGCUUUUACAAUUACCUCAGAAAAUUUGAGUGAUACGAUAGAACCUAUUUCUCUUCUUUCGUUAGAAGCAAUUGUUGCCAAGCUAUCUGAAGUCAUUAUUUACGCCGCCCCAAACACAGAUAUCGCAAAUUUUUGGAGAGCAAGAUGGAUGAGCUUGGUCGCAAGUACGUCAUUUCAAUUUAAUCCUGCUGUUCAGCCACGUGCAUUUGUAGCAUUGGGAUAUCUGGGUAAGGAAGAAAUCGACGAUGAUUUGCUAUAUCAAAUCCUGGUUGCCUUACGUGGUGCACUGGCAAUAUUCAAUGACACAGACACAAGUCUCGUGACUAGUAUAAUGAUGUGCCUCAAAAAUGUUGUCGAGAGUCUACCUGGGAAUUCGCGUUACUUGCUUCAAUUAUUCUGGGUAGCCGUAGCCCUUGUUGAAAUCAACACGGGACCAACCUUUGCCAUGGCGGUAGAAUUAAUUCAGGCUGUUCUUCGCGCUUUAGAUUCAGGAGGCUUUUUCUCGGGAUACACUAUGGUUGAUGUACUCCUAGAUGCCCGUGCACCUAUAGCAGACGUUGCUCGAGAGUUGGAUAAAUUAUGCGGUGUAAACUUUGAGACACAUUUCUCAUUUGCUAUUGCUGGCAUAUUUAUGAAGGGACUAAGGUAUAAUGAUGUCAAGGAUGCUAUAUAUCAAGGACUGUGUACCUUUUUGGAAAUUGAGCGCAAACAAUGCUUACGGGAUGGUAUUCUGUAUGAAGAUAAUAUUAUUGAAACAUCUACUUUGGGUUAUGUUACUGGAUUACUACCUUUCUCAGCAAAAACCGAGGCUGUGAAGGAUCUUUUAAAAUUAGCGGGGUUGACAGAUACAGAUUUAUACAAUACCAACGGGAGGAUAUAUGCUGGUAUAUUUGAUAAGUUCGAUAUUCCUGAUGAGACAACGGCUUUGCUCUUGAUAUCAUUGUUGGCAACAAUGCUAAACUCGGCAGACAAUGAAUCUGAAAGAUUGUUUAUAUAUGGCCUGCUGUCAGAAGCAGCUAUUACGAUACCCGAAGUAUUCUCUUUAGUGUAA